CACACAGCUGGAGAACCAACGGUCGCUGUUUCUAGGUAACCAGCGGUGUUAAUAUAUCGUGUUUUCCCCUCCUUUUUUGGGUUUUUUAGCUACUGUAAUGCAGUCAAAGUGAUUAUCGAUUAUCGCUGAAGUAACCGGGUGGGAUUAUAAAUCUGCGUGUCUCUCCUCGGCUGACCGGGAGCCGCCAUGGAGUGCCGUGUCCUGUCCAUACAGAGCCAUGUAGUCCGGGGAUACGUGGGCAACAAGAGCGCCUCUUUCCCAUUACAGGUUUUGGGGUUUGAGGUGGACUCCAUCAACUCUGUCCAGUUCUCCAACCAUACAGGUUACUCCCACUGGAAGGGCCAGGUGUUAACAGCAGACGAGCUCCAUGUUCUCUAUGAAGGGAUCAAACUGAACAAUGUGCACCAGUACGACUACGUUUUAACAGGGUAUACCAGAGACACAUCCUUCUUGGAGAUGGUGGUGGACAUUGUUCAGGAGCUAAAGAGAGCCAACCCCAAUCUGGUGUAUGUGUGUGACCCCGUCCUCGGUGAUCAUGGAUCUAUGUACGUUCCUCAAAACCUUUACCCUGUCUAUAAGAACAAGGUGGUUCCUGUUGCUGACAUUAUUACUCCCAACCAGUUUGAGGCUGAAUUAUUGACGGGGAAAACCAUCAGCACAGAGAAAGAUGCUGUAGAGGUGAUGGACCUCCUUCAUGCUAUGGGUCCAGACACAGUGGUCAUCACCUCCUCUGAUCUGCCCUCCAGACUGGGAGAUCGCUUCCUCGUGUCGUUGGGCAGCCAGCGCUACGUUCGUCCAGACGGCAGCAGGACGACACAGAGAGUUCGAAUAGAAGUACCCAAAGUGGACGCUGUCUUCGUAGGAACCGGAGAUUUGUUUGCUGCUAUGCUGCUAGCGUGGACACACCAUCACCCUAAUGACCUAAAGACGGCCUGUGAGAAGACGUUUUCGGUGAUGCACCACGUUAUCCAGAGGACCAUAUCUUACGCUCAUGAGUUAGCAGGUCCUGGUCGGAGGCCCAGUCCGCCCCAGCUGGAGCUGAGGAUGGUUCAAAGUAAAGCUGACAUAGAAGACCCUGCUAUAGUUACGGAGGCCACAGUCAUAUCCUAACAUUACCGACCCAUGAGACUCAUACUAACC